AGCGAAUACUACACUAGCUUCAACCUCGAUCCAUUUCCAUCUCCCCAUCAUCUCCGAGAAAAUCGCAACUACUCAAACAAGAUGUUUAUUGCACGGUCAGAAUACGAUCGCGGUAUCAAUACCUUCUCUCCCGAAGGCCGUCUAUUCCAGGUCGAGUACUCGCUGGAGGCGAUCAAGCUUGGUUCGACUGCUAUCGGGGUGGCGACGGGAUACGGCGUUAUAAUUGGUGUGGAGAAGCGUGUAACAUCGCCACUUCUUGAAGCUUCGUCUGUUGAGAAGAUAGUGGAGAUAGACCGCCAUCUAGGAUGUGCCAUGUCAGGUCUUCAGGCGGAUGCGAGGUCAAUGAUUGAACAUGCUAGAGUCGAGGCCCAGAAUCACAGUUUCCAUUACAACGAGCCUCUUCGUGUUGAGAGCUGCACUCAGGCUAUUUGCGAUCUUGCUCUGAGGUUUGGAGAGGGUGCUGAUGGGGAGGAAAGUAUUAUGUCGAGACCAUUCGGUGUUGCAUUGCUGAUUGCUGGAUAUGAUGAGGAUGGGCCCCAAUUGUACCAUGCCGAGCCCUCCGGAACGUUCUACCGGUACGAUGCAAAGGCUAUAGGUUCUGGGAGUGAGGGAGCUCAGGCGGAAUUGCAGAACGAAUACCAUAGCUCCUUGACACUUGAAGAAGCCGAGACUCUCGUCCUUAAAACUCUUAAACAAGUCAUGGAAGAGAAGCUCGACUCGAAGAACGUUCAGCUCGCCAGCGUUACCAAGGAGAAGGGUUUCAAAAUCUACAAGGACGAAGAAAUGGCCGAGGUUGUUGCCAGGUUGGGUGGUGCAUAGUGGCGAUUUCUUUUUUUUCUUGCUCUCACGAAAAAUUAUAACAAUAUAUCCCUUGUCUAGUUCUUUUACGGGAUACGGUAGAUUGGGUAAUUUCUCAUGAAUAAAGAAAGGGGGACCCUGUACUAGGAGAUCCUUGAUACCGCU